UGUUUGGUGUGUGGGAUGGAGGAGGCGGGGAGCCGCUCGUCACUUGUUCCUUCCCUGGUGGACCGUCAGCUCGCGGGUGAGUGGUACACGUGGUCCCCACUAAACUCUCUCUUCUCUCUCACUGUGAGUGUUUGUGAGCAGCUGAGGCAGAUAAAGUAUCCUAAAUCCAUCACCAUGCAAAACGACGCUGGAGAAUACGUGGAUCUGUACGUGCCACGCAAAUGUUCAGCAUCUAACCGCAUCAUCUAUGCCAAGGACCAUGCCUCCAUCCAAAUAAACUUAGCUGAGGUUGAUGAAUCUACUGGCCGUAUGACUGGACAGUACAAGACUUAUGCCAUUUGUGGAGAUAUCAGAAAAAUGGGCGAGUCUGAUGAUUGCCUUGCGCGUCUGGCGAAGAAGGAUGGUAUUCUUCCAAAGAACUAUUGAUGAAAAUAAAUAGAAAUACAUAA